AUGUCCACCGCUACAGAAACACCAAAUCCAACAGACACAGGCAUAAUCCAAGAACAGCUCGAGAUCGAAGAUGCUCCCGUAUAUCCCACCGGGCUAAAGCGAGGACUCGUCAUCUUCUCAAUCCUCCUCUCCGCAAUCUUCGUCGGCCUCGACAUGACCAUCGUCGCAGUGGCCGUCCCCAGCCUCUCCAACCAUUUCAAACAACUCAACGACAUUGGAUGGUACUCAGCAUCCUACCAACUAAUCGGAAGCUGUUUCAUCUUCUUCUCCGCCCGACUAUACACCGUCUUCCCCAUGAAAACCGUCUUCCUAGUCUCUAUAUUCCUCUUCGAGCUCGGCUCCCUCCUCUGCACCAUCGCCCCAACCAGCGCAACAUUCAUCCUGGGCCGCGCCACCGCCGGCCUAGCCAGCAGCGGCAUCCAAACAGGCAGCAUCGUCCUGCUAACCAGCUCCCUCCCCGUGCAUAAACGACCCUUCUGGACCGGCCUCAUAGGCGCAGCCUCAAACAUAGCCAUGGUAAUAGCUCCCCUAAUCGGCGGCGUGCUAAUAGACGCCUUCUCGUGGCGCGCCUGCUUCGGCAUCAACCUUCCCAUCGGCGCCAUCACAAGCCUCUUCAUAGCCUACGGGUUCCGAAACCCCGCGCCCCCGCCCCAAGCAGCAGCUAGACUGCCGUUCGUGGAAAAGUGUAGGCGGCUCGAUAUCCCCGGGACGCUGGUAUUCGCGCCUGCCAUCGUCUCCCUGCUCAUCGGGCUGCAAUGGGGCGGCGUCAAGUACGGCUGGGCGGAUGCGCGGAUUAUCGUGCUGCUGGGGCUCUUUGUUGUUCUUGCGGCUGUGUUUGCGUUCAUGCAGUACCGCAAGAAGGAGGAUGCUACUCUCCCCCCGCGUAUCAUGAAGCAACGCAGCAUCCUGGCGGGGGCUUGGUUCAAUGCCUGUAGCAAUGGUAUUCUCGCCGUGACGGAAUACUAUAUGUCGAUUUAUUUCCAGGGGGUGCGUGGAUUCAGCGCUACGAAGUCUGGCGCAAUGGGUUUGCCGCUUUUUGCGGGUAUGGCCGUGGCGGUCAUGACGGCUGGUGCGGGGACCAGAUGGAUGGGCUAUUAUUAUCCCUUUAUGCUCGUCAGUUCAGUCCUCACGCCCAUCGCCUCCGGACUGCUCACAACAAUUGAAUACAAUGAUAGCCUGGUUAAAACCACGAUGCUACUGGCCUUUCUUGGUGCCGGUGUGGGGUUGGGUCUUCAAGCACCCAUGUUCGCUGUACAGACCGUUCUCCCAGACAAGGACAUCGCCACGGGAGUUGCAAUUACUGCGUUCACGGGGUUUCUUGCAUCGUCACUUUUUGUCUCGGUUUCUGCCGUGUUAUUCCAGAGUAGAUUGGCCAUUGAGGUGGAGCAGUAUGCGCCAGGCACUAACGGGAGCAUAUUUGACCAAGGGGGCUUGGCCAAUGUGAGAGAGCAGAUCGGGUCUGCUAGACUUGGGGCUGUACUUGCCGGGUACGACGAAGCCGUGAUUCAAACGCUUUAUAUACCUGUUGUGUUGGCUUCCUUGUCAGUUUUGGCGAGUGUGGCAAUGGAGAGGAGGAGUGUUAAGAAGACACAGUGA